ACUUGCCAUCACUGGUGAAAAGUGAAGCGCAAGAAAGUCCACCUUAUUCACUUCGGCUGGAUCGUAAAUAUCUCCCGACUUUCUCCAAAAGCGCACUUGUUUGACUGUGGAAACGCAGACGCCCUGUUCUCCUGCAUGCGGAGUCGUUUGAUGUGAAUAAACGCAGGCGAGCCGAGUGUCUGCAGUUAAACUGAAGGUUCCGCCUUGUCAACUGUUUUUUGCCUGAGGAUUAAAACUAUUUCUCCUUGGUGUCUUCACUGUUUUACAGUGUUGUGUUGAACAGCCUUCAGAGAAAUGUGUGUGUGCUUGAUACUUGUCUUUAACAGGUUUGGGGGCUUCUGCUGAAUGAAAAGCUGCUCUCAAGAUAUCAACUGAUCACUCCAUGGGGCUUUUCAGGGACUUGUGUACCUGUGCUGAUCUCCUCCUCCUCCUCCUCCCCCCCUGUUCCAUUUUGACACUUCAGAAAAUGAUGACUUAUCACUUAGCCAUAAAUGGCAAUUUAUGGAUUUGUACUAGCCACAGUAAGUGGUAAGCCUUUCACUAAUAACAUACGGAGCAACCUGACAUCCUUCUUAUCAUCAGAAAGCUCGGUGGAUGCAAGUUGAUUUCGACAAAGCUUCAGGGACAUUUUUAAGCAGUGACGAGAAGGUGGAGUUUCUCUGUUUAGGAUCAGAAUAAAGCCCCGUUCCUGGUUUGAUUAAAUUCUCUACUGCAGCUGGCUUUAUGCCUUUCAACAUGGUGCCCAAGAAUGUAAACAUGGAGACUGUACAAAUGCUGCAUGUGGAAGUAGAGCCUGCCAAGUGUUCAAGCAGCAGAAUAAAUGAAGAUGAGGAAAUGGAGGUUUCAGAAAGAUCAGCCAGUGAGGACUCUGUGGCGCACAUCCCCAAACGCCUGUGGAUUAUGCACGGAGCCGUCAUGUUCGGCCGUGAGUUCUGCUAUGCCAUGGAAACAGCUCUGGUCAUACCUGUGCUACUACAGAUAGGUCUUCCAGAGCAGUACUACAGUCUGACGUGGUUCCUCAGCCCUAUUUUCGGCUUGAUCUUUACACCUCUGAUGGGAUCUGCUAGUGACAACUGUACCCUCAGGUGGGGUCGAAGAAGGCCCUUCAUUCUGGCUCUGUGUGUAGGAUUACUGCUCGGUUUAACGCUCCUCCUCAAUGGUUCUCUAAUCGGCCUGACUGCAGGGGAUCUUGCUGGUAACCAGCCCAUUGGGAUCAUUCUGACAGUGUUGGGUGUAGUGGUGAUGGACUUCUGUGCUGAUGCUUUAGAUGGACCAGUAACAGCCUACCUGCUGGACGUCGCUGAGGGUGAAGAGCAAGACAUGGCCCUGAAUAUUCAUGCCUUCUCUGCAGGUUUGGGUGGAGCUUUGGGUUACAUGCUUGGAGGUUUGGACUGGACAAAUACUUUCUUGGGACACGCCUUCAAAGCCCAAGAGCAAGUGCUGUUCUUCUUUGCUGCCAUCAUAUUUAUAGUUUCUGUAGUACUUCACCUUUUUAGCAUCAAGGAGACGCCAUACAAAGCUCAUCAGCACGAGGUGUCCGAGACUGAGGAAUCGGGCAGCUCCUCAUCCGUUCAGCUUAACGAAGUCCUUCCUAGGAAUCACCAAGUACCAGAACUGGACCUCAUUAUUGAAGAGGAUCCUUUUGAUGCUUAUGAAGACAAUCAAUCUGAAACCGAGGUUCAGAAGGACUUCCUGAAUGUAAUGAGAUGUAAAAGUGACUCGGUUCUGGCUGUAGCAGACACUACCAUUGAGCUCGAUCCAGAUUUGGACCUUGACCAUCACUUUCUCGACAACAUAGAGCCAGCUCUAUUCCAGGAUUCCAACACUGAAACGCCGUUUACAUAUUCCCCAAAUAGCACCAGUCAUGCCAAUCAGUGUUCCAACCUCCCAAUCGAGGCAGAUCCUCCAAGGGACAACGAGCACUGUAACACUACCAAAGUUCUCAACGGCGACCUUGCUGGUGACGUCAAACCUAAAUAUGACCUGAACCAUCAAAGUAAAACUGGCGUUCGUCAUUCCAACGCUGCAGUCCGCUGUCGGCACCCUUCGUUCAACCGCCAACCUUCCUUUACUUAUUCUUACUACGGCCGGGUGCGCUUCCAUCGGCCUCGUCGCCGCAUCAGUUCAGCUCGCCCAAUCAAGUCGUCACAGAGCUUGAAUGACAUUGACAGGAUAACCAACCCGCAGGCGUGCCGGAGGCUGCAGAAAAGAGAGAGCGCAUCAUCCGGAACGGAAGAUGAUGAGGACAGUGAGAGUGAAGAAGGAGAAGAAAGCAAAAGUACUGUGAAGCUGCUUUGGUUGUCCAUGUUUAAAAUGCCUCCACAGCUCUGGCGCCUGUGUGUGUGCCAUCUUAUCACUUGGUUCUCCAUGGGCUCCCAGGUGGUUUUCUAUACUGACUUCAUGGGACAGGUCAUCUACAAAGGAGACCCAGUGGCUCCUGCAAACUCAACUGCAUUUCAAGACUAUAAUAAGGGAGUACAAAUGGGUUGUUGGGGGCUAGUUAUCUAUUCUGCGACCGUUGCCAUCUGCUCAGCUGUGCUCCAGAAGUGCCUUGACACCUUUGACCUGAGCAUUCGAAUCGUCUACAUUUUGGGAACUCUGUGCUAUGCUGUGGGCUCGGCUGUAAUGUCCAUUUUCAUCAACUUGUAUGUCGCCAUGAUAAUGCUAAGCAGCAUGGGAUUCAUUUAUACAACUAUAAUGUACUGUCCUUAUGCUCUGCUGGGUCAAUACCAUGAGAUCAAAGAGUACAUCCGCCACAGUCCAGGGAACUCGCGCCGAGGCUUCGGUAUCGAUUGUGCCAUUCUGACAUGUCAGGUUUACGUUUCUCAGAUUUUGGUGGCCUCAAUACUCGGCCCGGUUGUGGAAGCUGUAGGCUCCGUGAGGGUCAUCCCAAUGGUGGCUUCAGGGAGCGCCUUCGUUGGAUUUCUUACAGCUACUUUCCUUGUGAUUUACCCUGACGCACCUGAGGAAGACGAUGACGAAAACGAGCAAGCACAAGUAUGACCUGAGCCCGUUGAUGAUUAACAGACCAGGGUUGCCUUCACGAUGUGAAAUGCUGACACUAAGGAGUUUGACCUGUGCAAUAGAGGCUGGAUUGUAAAAGUCACUUUUUCACUGUGAAUAGUUGGGGGAAAUUAAGUGGACUACAAAAUUAAAAUGACAAAUCCAAGAUCGUUCUUUUCCAGAGUGAACAUGUGCCUGAGGACUGUAACCUUUUCAAACAGGAUGAUGUCCAGGCAUCAUGUAGCAUAUACAUAAGCAGAAUGUAUGGGGAGGUUGUGUUGUGGGUUUUUUUGUUUGUUUUAAGGUCCAGAAAACGGCGGUUACUCCUAGCAUUAUGCUCCAAAAACUAUUUAUUUUUUUUAUCUGAAUGGUACAAAAUAUUUUCAUUUUCUCUUGGAUAACAGCGUUAUCCGGAAUUCCUAAGCUUCACGUAGAAUUAAUCAGUUUUAAAUCACUUCGAUUAAAAUAUUGUUCUACUGCCAUGAUGAUGACAAUGAUGGUUACAGUUCUAAUAGGGAGAUGGAGUUCUCUUAUUUUAUACAGUUCUGGAAGAGUUGCUUUAGCAACAAUAAAUCAAGCAGGCUUGAAUUUAGUGAUUUCUACGUUUGCACUGUCAUUUUACUACAGCAUCUACACAUUUCGUAUUUCAGUUGUUUUACCAAUAUGCUGGAUUACCAUUAGUGCUUGAAAUGGAAGCACUCAGGGGUGUGUCUGUGUCUCUCGCUGUGUAUAUAAUGUGUGUGUAUGUGUAUAGAUAUCAGCUGCUGCAUGACAAGGUUACUUUUAUACAGCCUUUACUAUGCACAAUGGGGGGGGUUUCCAACAUAAGGAAUUAUGGGGGGGUUGGGUUUGUUUCUUUUUAAAUACAAAAUGUGGUGUUGGUACACUUUUUCUGUGAUUUGGGUACAGUUAUUAAAUAAAGUGAAAUCACAUGUUUAACUGCUUUUUGUAUUCCGUUUUAAUACCAUGGCCUGAGCUUAACUUUGUAGCUAAAUGCAAUAUUUCACCUUGUCUGAAAAUGACUGCUGUCUAAAUUUCAUGUAUUUUGUUCAAGAUUUCUUUUUUAUGCCUCCGCCACCUUAAGGUGCAGGAGGCAUUAUGUUUUCGGGUUGUGCGUCCGUGCGUGCCGAAACCUCAUGAACACGAUAUCUCAAAGGCAAAUGAAAGGAAUUUCGCCAAACUUUCACCAUUUGUGCGCUUUGGGACAAACAUGAACUGAUUAGAUUUUGAGGUUAAAAGGUCACAGGUCAAGAUUACUGUGAGGUCAAAUGUCCAUCCCCAAAUCGCAACUUAAUAAGGCAUGUAGUCUACCAGGCGGAGGCAUCCCAAUCGACGCCGUUGGCGUAGAGCUCUAUCUAGGGUUUGUGGUUUUUUUUUUUUUUUUUUUUUUUUUUUGCAAUCUAGCUAUUUACUACAGCUGAUCUCAGACCAGUUUUGUUUGCACCCCGUCCCUUUAUAAUGGUUAAAGAUCUCGUUUGAGUGCUCUUUGUACAUGUGAAACUUGUACUGUGUUUCUGGGAGACCUUGUUUUUCUUGUCAGGUAUUCAAGUCCACCGGCAGCACUUUUUAAUUUUAAUCAUUUCAAUUGAAUUGUGGGAAGCCAUUGCUUAAUGGUUAGAGAAGCAGCUUUGGGACCCAAAGGUCAUUGGUUCAAUUCCCUGGGAAUGCAGGAACAGCUGAUUGUGCCCUUGAGCAAGACACCUAACCCCCGACUGCUCCCCAGGCUGUUCUGGAGAUGUUGGACUUCAGUCUGGAUAAGAGUGUCUGCUAAAUGACUGUAAAGUAAUUAAAUUGUUCCAAGACAUUCAGAGCAACAUGGUAUUAAUUUUAUUUGACAAAUCAAAUGCAGCUUUAUGAUGCCUUUUUAGGUUUAGUCCAUUAUUAUUAUUAUUAUUAUUAUUGUUUUUUGUAUUAAAUCACUGUAUUGUACUGCUGAGAAAAUGACGACUUUGCCAUUAUGUGGCUCAAUGGCCUGACUUACAGUUUCUGGUGUUUUGAUAAUGUGUGCAACAAUUUGGAUACAGAACAAAGGAGACAUUAACUUGGAGUUGCAUGUUUGUUUGUUCUUUCUCCAACACCACCACAAUCUCAUUGGUCAUUGAAAAACAUCAUUUCUGGGGGGGAAAAAAAUGUAGCAUACAUGGAUCACGAGAUGGCAUCAAGCCAGAACUUGGCUGUACUUUUCCACCCAGUCCUGUGUUCCUUGUGGAAUGAGUGAGUCAAAGAAUAAAUAAGUGCUGUUCAGAAAACAGAAUCAAUCUCUCUCUCUCUCUCUCUCAUAUGCCACCUGUUACUGUGCUUUUCUUCCUAAACCACCCAGUUCCACUUUGAACAUGGCCCCGGUUUCAUUGUUCUGCAAUAUUAUGGUUUGUGUUGUGUGAUGUAAUGGCCUAUAACUUUGAAAAUAAUGUGAUGCAACCCCACCACACUUGCGCUGUUUGUAAGAGCAAAUUGUUAGGACCAGCUGUACCGUGAGAAAUGGAAAUGGUCUGUUAGAACUGCUAUUGUUAAUUACUUCUAUAUUUACACAUAAAAGUAAGGACUUUGUUAUUGUGGGUGGGUUUUUUUUUUAAUUAAGUCAUUUUGAACCUAAUAAGUCUCAUUAUUGUCAUGCACAAUGUUUCAGGCAAACACUGUGAGUGUAUAAGGUGUAGUGUAUUCAUGAAAUUACGCAAAUGAACAUACACCUCUAUUAGAAUGCUUCAUGUGUAUUUCUUGGGGUGUUUUUUUUUUUCUUUUUCCCCCCUCUCUCGAAUAAAUUUGACGUUCCCAGGUAGAUUUAUAAGUUAUAACAUAUUGGUCAGGUGAUAAUGAAUUUUCUAGAAUGAAAAAAAUAUAUAUAAAAUUAGAGCCAUGACUUUUGAAUUUUUAAUGUAUAAUCAUUGAUAUGGUAAAGCUUUCUGUCGGGACCCUUUAUUUAAUAUCUAUUGAAUGUAAGAGCUGCAAGAGAUUUUGAUGGGUGAAUUUUUCUGUAUUUCAUAUCUUUCAUGUCCGUACACGAACACUCAUUGAAAUAAAGUGGGCAAAGUUCAUUGUA